GCCUGAGUACCGCAGCGAGGUCCAGCAGUGGCCGGGGCGUUUUCGCUGCCUUCUAAAAAUUGUCCCUUACAUCAACAACAGCCAGGCGCCUUGCCACUCGACAACCAUUUCCAUCUCCCAUCCUCCUCGGGCCCGACAAUCGCGAUUCUUAGUCGGCCUACAGAUCAUCAACAAUCCCAUCGCGUCUACCAUCUCUCGCCCGAUCAAUCGCCCGAUUUCUUCUAAUCUACCACAACACCACCACCACUCGCCCGCUGCAUCAGCAGCAUCAACACCGCCAAGAUGGGUUCCGGAGACCUGAACAUGAAAAAGAGUUGGCAUCCCCAGCGAUCGGGGAACGUCGCCGCCACACAAAAGGCCGAAGCCGAAGCGAUCGCCGAGCGCAAGAAGCUGCAACUGCGCCUGCAAGAAAUCGAAGAAGAGCGCCGCAAAGAAGAGAUCCAGAAAGCUCUCGAAGCCGCCGGCGGCAAGCGCAAGAUCGACCGGGUCGAAUGGAUGUACAGCGGCCCCACCGACGGCCAGGCCGGCGACUCUGCUGAGACCGAAGCCUACCUGCUCGGCAAGCGGCGUAUCGACAAGCUCCUCCAGGACAACGACACCAAGAAGGCGCUGUCGAAACAGCCCCAGCAAGAUCAUCUGUCGGCCGCGGGCCCGGCGUCAGUGGUGAGCAAUGCACGCGACGUGGCCACCAAGAUUCGCGAAGACCCCUUGCUCGCGAUCAAGAGGCAGGAGCAACAGGCGUACGAGGCUAUGAUGAACGACCCCAUCAAGCGCCGACAACUGCUCGCAUCUAUGGGCAUCGAUGACUCGCAGAUCGCCAAAAAGGAUGGAAAAGAUGAAAGACGACACAAACACCGCUCUCACCACCAUCGCUCGGACCGACAUAGGGAUCGCGACGACGACCGCGAUAGAGACAGAGAUAGACACUCCCGCCGACGCAGGUCCGACUCUCGAGACCGAUCCAGGAGCAGGAGCCCACGAAGACGCAGCGAUUCCGAGGAAGACCGAAGCAAGCGGCGCAGGCGAGACUCGCCCGACAGGACAAGGAGGCGAGAGCCAGAUGAAAGCAGAAGCCGGAGAGAUAGAGAUAGGGACGAUAGCAGGUCGCGAAGGCAUCGGUCCCCAGACCGCUCCAGAUCCAGAUCACCUGGCGGCCGUUCAUCACGAAGAAGGGAGUAUUCCCGAGAGCGUGGUGAAAGCGGACCGUCUUCGCGUAGGCCAGAUGAUCGCAGCCGUGAUCAGCACCGACCGCCACGCAGGGAUUUCACAAACAAGGAAGAUGACCGACCGAGAUACAAUGGCGGGCUUAAUAAGGGAGGCAGGCAGCAGCAGCCAGACGGAGACGACAAAAAGGCGGAGGAAGAGCGUGCCAAGAAGCUGGCUGCUAUGCAAGCGGCUGCCACCGACCUGGACAAAGCUCGCGAGGAGCGGCUCAAGGCCCUUGCGGAAGCGGAGCGGGCGGAGAGAGAGGCCGAUGAGAAGGCGCGCCAGCAGAAUAAGAAGUAUCGUGGAGGUGAUGCUGGGUUUAUGAGUGGCUUGCAUAGUAGGGCGGCUGACAUGAAGAUUGCGGACCGCAUGAAUGGGAGAGUUUGAGUGGGAGGAGUGUUUUCGUAUAGGUUCUUAAUGUUGAUUAGAUACCCGGUUAGAAUGGAUACAUCACACAAGCGUCGGAUAGUUAAAGGACAGCACUGGUAUUUCAGAUUGCGGACA